GUCGUUGCUCCGUUCGUUCGUUCGGUCGUUGUUGUUCACUGUUACCUCCCACUCCCCAAAACACUGUUUCUAAUUUUCCACACAGCGCGCAUUACAUAAAAUAAUACACAAAAAAUAAAGAAAAACAGAGUGACAGUUUCGUUUGCAGUUUGCUUCACUUUUUUCUGUGCUUCGAGUGGAAAUGCAUAAAUAUAAAUUGUUGCUGUUCAAUAAUUAAAAAGAGACAAGACCGAGAUAAUUAUACAUUUGAAACGCGUUCGUGUGUGCGUCUUCUUCUCGUAGGAUAUAGCGUGAGAGGAGAGUGGAAAAAGUGUGCAAGGAAAUCGCUCCUACGUGAUGCUCGGCCUGUUCUGUGCCAAAGAGGGAGACGGGACGAAGGCUUUCCAGUGAAAAAGCAGCAUAAGUGAUAAAAGAUCAUCAUCGGAGGAAGAGGAAGAGAAGGAAGAGCUGUUUCCCCAACUUUAACUGUUUCUAUAACUGUACCGACUAGGUUGCUUUAUCCACCCGAGAACGGUAGCACAAAAGCGCGGCCAGAGGAGAGCACAACGCGGCCCGGCCACGUCCAGGACGUGGGCUACCUCCGCCCCACCACCACCCCGCUGUGAACCCCCCUUUCACGUAUCAACUGUGUCCACAUACCGCCCCAAGAUGGACGACGAUCAGCAGUUCUGCCUGCGCUGGAACAACCACCAGAGCACGCUGAUCAGCGUAUUCGACACGCUGCUGGAAAACGAGACCCUAGUCGACUGCACGCUCGCCGCCGAGGGCAAGUUCCUCAAGGCCCACAAGGUGGUUCUGUCCGCCUGCAGUCCCUACUUUGCUACCUUACUCCAAGAACAGUAUGACAAGCACCCGAUCUUCAUACUCAAGGAUGUCAAGUACCAGGAGCUCCGCGCCAUGAUGGACUACAUGUACCGCGGCGAGGUCAACAUCUCACAGGACCAGCUGGCCGCACUUCUCAAGGCGGCCGAGUCGCUGCAGAUCAAGGGUCUGUCCGACAACCGCACCGGCGGAGGCAGCUCCGCGGCCGCCCCCAAGCCAGAGUCCUCUCAGCAUCAUCGCGGUGGCAAGAUGAGCGGCGCCUACACACUGGAACAGACAAAGCGCGCUCGCCUGGCCACCGGCGGGGCAAUGGACACCUCUGGGGAUGUGUCCGGAUCGCGCGAGGGCUCGUCUAGUCCGUCGCGCCGUCGUCGAAAAGUCAGACGUCGCAGCCUGGAGAACGAUGCCCACGACAACUCCAACUCGUCUGUUCUGCAGGCCGCCGCCUCGAAUCAGUCUAUCCUCCAACAGACAAGCGCAGGCCUCGCCGUCUCCGCCCUGGUCAGCACCCAGCUGUCCGGCGGCGGCAGCAACGUGGCCGGCACCAGCCAAGUCCCGACCCAGCAGCAGCCAUUGACCAGCACCAACGUUACCAAAAAGACUGAAAGCGCUAAACUAACAUCAUCGACAGCCGCCCCAGCUCACGCCGCCACUGCGACAGCAGCCGGCCAGCAGCAACAACUGCUGCAGCAGCAGACCAGCGAUGCCAUCAACACCGAGAACGUACAACCACAGAGCCAAGGCGCCCAAGGCGACGUCGGUGAUGCCGAGGAUAUGGAGGAGGCGAGCGCAGCUGCCGGGGGAGUCACUCCGGCGGCUUCAGGCGCUGGUGCGUCCGCUGGAGCCGUGCACACUGGUGUCGUGGUCAAGCAACUGACAGCCGUCGUCGAUAAGUCAUCGUCCAAUCACAAACAGAAGGUCAAGGACAACAGCGUGUCGUCCGUGGGCUCAGAAAUGGUUAUCGAACCCAAGGCCGAAUACGAUGACGAUACGCACGACGAGAAUGUUGAGGACUUGACACUGGACGAGGAGGAUAUGACAAUGGAGGAGCUGGACCAGACGGCCGGCACCAGCCAGGGUGGCGAAGGAUCUAGUCAAACAUAUGCAACAUGGCAACACGACAGAUCUCAGGACGAACUCGGACUUAUGGCACAGGAUGCACAGCAACGGGAUCCACAAGCCUCCAAACAGGACAAGGGCGAGCAGACCGAGAGCACUCCCGACGAAUUCGAGCUGGACGAUUGCCUACUGGAGAGCAACGAUAUUGUCAUCACACAGAACAAGGACGGAUUUGUCUUGCACGUUAAGAAGUUGGGCAACAUCACGGCGGCCAAGUUGGGCACCGAUGAGGAUCAGGGAUCGUCAGUACAAACAACAGCAGCGGUCACUGUCACCGGACCGGCUGGCCAGCCCACGCCCACCAUCACGGAGCUCCUGAAUGCGGCAGCCGCUCACUCGGAUGUCAAGCCCACGCUGAGCGCAUUGACCACCAGCACUCCCAUUAAGCUGCCCUCAUCGGAAUGCGAACUAAUCAACAUUAAGAAGAUAAUACCAACCACCACCACUAUAGCCCAUCAUGCCCACACAAGCUCGACCAUCAUACACCCACAUCACAUCAUCCAGCAUGUGCCACAGGAGUCGCAUCAGGAGCACCAGCAUAUCCAGAUCGAGGAAGUGCCCCAGACCUCACAACACCAGCAUCAGCAGCACCAUCACCAGCUGCAGAGCCAGCCGACGCAUGCCCAAGUACAAAACAUAAUCACAUCCCAUUCGGGGCAGACAAUUAAUCUGGUGGGUCUGCGCAACGUACAGCUGACGGAACAGAAGCCGAACAUCGCCUCGAGGAUACGCUACACGCGUGGCAAGAUCAUUGGGCCGACGAUGAGCAAUCUGCAGAUAGUGGAGACCCAUGAUGGCAUCCAGCACCAGCACCACGAGAUGUCGGAUGGCACCAAGUAUGAGAUUAGUGAGAUCGAUUUGAACAAUCCGAAUGCGUCGGCGGCCAUGAUCAGUGACCUGGUGAAGUAUGCCGAGAUUGACGACAUUGAGCUGCCGGACGGCACCAAGAUUGGCAUUGGCUUCGCUCCCUCGGAGAUCACGGAGCAUAUGCAGACGUCUGGCGGGGAGACGCACAUAACCACCAUCGAGCACGAGCCACAGGAGCUGCACACCGUACACCAACACGAGCACGAGCCGCAGACGCAUCACAUUCAUGCCACACAGCUGCAGACGCACCACAUCCAGACGGUGGUGCAGACAGAUCAGCAGCAGCACCACCACCACCACGAGCAGCAUCAUCACCAGCACCACUCGAGCAUCGAGCUGCAGGAGGACGAUGUGGAGACCAUCAUACCCGAAGAGAUGGGCAUGCACGACUCCAGCAAGAGCUACACCAUUCUUACCACACGACCCAUGAAGGAGGAGUCCGAUGCUGGCGGCGACCCCUCCGGCAUGACCUACGAACUGUCGCUGAGCGACUCGUCCCUGGGUCCCUGCGAUGAUCCCGAGUCGCGCUACAUCUGUCGCCACUGCGGCAAGAAGUACCGCUGGAAGUCCACGUUACGCCGUCACGAGAACGUCGAGUGCGGCGGCAAGGAGCCGUGUCAUCCCUGUCCCUACUGCACCUACAAGGCCAAACAGCGAGGCAAUCUCGGGGUCCAUGUACGCAAGCACCAUCCGGAGAAGCCGCAGCUGGAGAGCAAGCGAGGUCGCAAGUAAGCGCGGAUGUAGGAGCGCAGCCCGGGGGGGCAGGAGUGAGUAUACCUACACAAGUUGAGGGGAAACAAAUGAUUCAUUGAGGUUCUUUGACUUUUAGACCAGUUUAUUAAUUUUACAAUUUUAUCAGCCUAUUCUCGUUUAAACUCUUUUUAAUCUUAACUUUCUUAUUUGUUGAUUAUUUUUAUUAAGUUGGAGAGUUGAUUUCCCCAGUUCUCGAAAGGAAGAACCAAAAGAGCUCCGUUCUGUGUGCAUUCAAUUCAAUUUCAUUAGGCUUUAAUUUGGACGUCUUCACAUUAAUAUAAUAUA